AUUCGCCAUUCCGAGAGAGACUCUUACGUUGAAAGGAUAUUUACUAAGCAAUAUUACAUAAUCCAAUUAAUGCAAGGAUUUGCAAUUGUCCAUUACCGGGUUGGAUAUCUAAGUAGGCGGACAACAAUAGUCAACUAUACGUUUCCUAAUGGGGAGCGCGUGACAGACGCCACUUAAGGGAGUCUGGAUGAGCCACGUGCUGUUUAAUUUUUUUGCCCAUUUACCUCAUUAAUUCAUUACUAUCAAGCAUGGUGAUAUCACCGCGUAUGUACUGAGCUCGGAAAGUCGCACAUACAAAUGUUUUGGAGCGAUUCAAAAGCGUGCCUGUGAACUUAGUAAGUGGUUGUUGUAUCAGUGUUAGUAGUGCCAAAUUAAAAUGGACAUAAUUAUUUGUACUUCAUUUAUAGUGAUGGCUGCAGUAGUAUAUGCAGAUGUAAAUCCAUACACUCGUGCGUUAAACAUGCGACCGUGGCAGAGUAUGCAGGGUUAUGUAAUGGUUCGCCCUGGAGCUUAUAUUUUCUACUGGUUUUAUUAUGCUGAUGGUACUAGAGAUGGGGCUGAACGAAAACCACUUAUAAUAUGGAUUCAAGGUGGGCCUGGUUUAGCUGCCAGUGGAAUAGCAAAUUUUGCAGAAAUAGGCCCUCUUAAUAUGGACUGGCAGCCUCGCAAUCACACGUGGGUAAAGGGCAGAAAUGUAUUGUUAAUAGAUCAUCCAGUGGGUACCGGAUUCAGUUAUGUUGAAGACAAGUCAUUGCUCGUAAAAACAGAUCAAGAAGCUGCUAUCGACCUCUCGAAAACUAUAAAGGCCUUCUUUAGAACACAUAAAGGAUUUCGCAAAACGCCUACUUAUAUUUUUGGUCAAAGUUAUGGUGGCAAAUUGUGUCCUAGGUUGGGAUUUUAUUUACAUACGGCAAUUGAGAGAAAGCGUCUCAAGAUGAAUUUUAAAGGAAUUGGUAUAGGUAGUGGAUUUGUAGAUCCAAAGGAAAGCAUUUUGGUUUAUCCAGAAUUUCUCUACAAUAUGGGAGUCAUCGAUCAAACUACAUAUUUGAAAGGUAUAAGUAUAGCAAAAAAAAUGUGUUCACAUAUUGAUAAGAGAGAAUACAUUACGGCAGGAAAAUGGGAUACAGUUUUAUUUAAAAUCCUCACAGAAGAGUCUGGCAUGGAAAUUAACUUUAAUAAUAUCAAUCAAGUUAGUCCGUAUCCUGCUCUAGAUUUACUAGAGCAAAAGAUCAAUAUGUAUGUGAAACCAACGCUCAUCAGUACAGUAAACCAAAGUCUGGAAUGGAAAUAUAUAUCUGAGGAGGCUUUUCAGAGUUUAAAUGGGAAUUUCCUAGUGCCGUCUAUAAAAUUCUUAGAAAUGCUUCUGAACCAAACUAAUUUGAAAAUAAGCGUUUAUAAUGGAAAUUUGGAUGUCGUUACACCUCUAGCUGGAGCAUCGAAUUGGGUGCACAAAUUAAAAUGGCAUGGAGCACAAGAUUUCAAGAAUGCCAAAAGAAGUAAAAUACGGGGAAAUAGAAAUGGUUUUUUUAAGGAGACAAAGCAGCUGAGUUUCUGGUGGGUCUUUGGAUCAGGACAUUGGGUGCCUGAAGAUAAUUCGGAAGCAAUGGAACAUAUAUUAGAACACAUUAUGUCAGAUGAUUUAUAGAGAAAAUUGUUUACCUACUUGUAUAGAUUAAUAUUUAUUUGUUUCGUACAGGUUGUUUAUAAGUAAAACGCAAAAUUAUUCAUGAUCAUUAUCAAUUUAAUUAAAUAAUGUAUAUACAUUUUUAUAAUUGGUUAUAUUAUAUUUACAAAUGUCAUUAACAAUUGUAUUUCAUUAUAUAAUUAUUUAAUAUACACACAAUAUUUACGAGCACCACACUUAUUUAUUAUUAUGUACAUAAUCGAAACACAUAGGUUCGCUGUCUAAGGCAGUUUAUAGAGUUUAUAUAAUAUUUUUUGGAUAAAUUCAGUCUGUUAUUAGCUAAUAAUUGUAUAUCAGAAUAUAAAUUAAAUUAUAUCACUUAUAUUACAGUAUGCCUUGGCGAUCUUAUAUUGUUUACUUUUGUUGAGCACCAAAUAAAAUUACGUGUCUACUUACAUAUAUGAAACAUAUCUUCAUGAGAUGUUCCAGUCAUAGUAGUUGUACGAACAUAUAUGAACAUAAAAUAGUAUAUUAUAAUUAGGGAGCGUCGUAUGGCUUAGUUUGCGUACCCAAUAAUUCGUAGUAUACUUUAAGUGUAUUAAAAUCGAAAUAUGAUUUUAACAGAUAAUAUGGGUGGAAAAUGAGAAUGUUGUUAUAAUGUCGUUACAGUUCCUGACAAUGAAACUUCAUGUAAUAAUUUUGCCUCUAAUGUUCCAGAGUUCCGUUUAAAAAAUGAACAUUAUGGCAAAGUAUUAUAGUUAUUUAAUGCCUACAGUGAUACAAUGCAGAUUAAGGUCAUACUUUUAUUAAUAGUUGCUAAUUUUGGCUAUAGUCAUUAAAUAAAAUAAAAUGUAUAUUAUAGUAUACAGAGAACAAUAAAGUUUAUUGUACUAUGAAAAUUAUGUAUAACGAUAUAAAUAAAAAAUAAUAUAAAUAAUUAAACUUUGUUUACAUUUUAUCAAUUAAUGUCGGCUGUAUAAAAAUUAGAAAAAACAAUCAUAAGUAUUUUGAUUGCACACAAUAAAAAUAUGAUUUAAAAACGCGUCAGAAAUGGAUCGAGAUUUAUAAGAAAUUUUUUAGCAGAGUUCUGUGUGUGGUGAUUUGUAUAUUUGUGCCUACAGACAAGUCACAAUAAAUUUUCUAAAUACAUUUACUGUGUACACCAGAACUGUGCAACGGCGCACAAUUGCGCUAACUCACUCCAAAGCGCUGGAUGUAUCAACUUACUUCUUCAAAAUGAGUUGGUGCACAGUGCAAGUAUCGGGAAAUUGUUGGAAAAAAGUAAAAUGGGCUUGGAAAAAUGUGGAUAUUUGUAAAACGUGUGGAUAAGUAUGUAUAUAAAAUAUAGAGUAAAGAAAGACUAGUUUUUUUUUGUUAAAUAAAGGAUCUUUUGACGAUUGUUCCGAUUUGUCUACAUGUCGCGUACAAACAGAUUUGUAUUAAAAUAAAUAAAGCGUUCACUGCAAA